AUGACCAUGGCCGGGAGCUUGCUGGGGCCCGACUCCUCCAAAGCCUCUUUCCUGGAGCUCGGCCACCCCUCGCUGCUGCACUACCCGCUGCACGGCCUCCACCCCACCGGCCACCCCCAGCACGACCCACCGCCCUUCGCCUCCUAUGGCCGGCCCUGGCCCUACCCCUACCCCGGUGGUGCCCCCUUGCCUGCCCAUGGCGGUCCCUACCUGCCCUAUCCGCCCCCCGGCACCCAGCACCCUCCGGCCAGGCCGGCCCAUAGAGCCAGGAUGCAGGACGCAGAGCACGAGAAGCCUCCAGCCAUCGCCAACAGGGAGCUGUGCAUCAACCGCAAGGGGAAGAAGCUGCGCAAGCCACACACCAUCUACUCCAUUCUGCAGCUGCAAGUCCUCAACCAGCACUUCCAGCAGACCCAGUACCUGACGCUGCUGGACCACGCCAAGCUGACGACCCAACUGGGGCUCACCCAGACCCAGGUCAAGAUCUGGAUCCAGAACAAGUGCUCCAAAUACAAGAAAUACAAAUACAUGAAGCAGGGCUCGAGUGUGCCCAAUGGGGAGCACCUCCAUACCACCACCUCCCUCUCCCCUUGCUCCUCCAACAUCCCCCUGCUCUGGGACAUCCCCAUGCCAGGAAAAGGGGCUCCCCUGGCCCCCAGCAGCUACAUCAUCAGCUUUAGAGCCUGGUACAAGUUGCACCUGCAGGACACCAUUCCCCAGGCCCCCAUGAUGUGA